ACCGUCUCCAUCUCCCCCACCAAGCUGGAUCCCGCUUCCCCAAACACCAUCCUCCUCUGCACCGCGAGGGGCUUCUACCCUGUGGAGAUCAAGGUCCGGUGGCUGAAGAACGGGCGGCCGGAAGAGGAGGGCGUGGCCUUUGGGGAGGAGCUCCAGAAUGGAGACUGGACCUACCAGCUCCAGGUGAUGCUGGAGACCCAGCCCCAGCGGGGGGACGUCUACACCUGCCAGGUGGAGCAUGCCAGCCUGGAAGCCCCAAUCACCGUCCAAUGGGAGCCCCGUUCCUCCAACUCUGCCAAGAGCAAACUCUGGACGGGGAUCGUUGCAGCCGUGAUCGGGGUGAUCUUCUUCACCAUGGGGCUCUCCCUCUACCUGAAGAGCAAGAAAGGUGAG